AUGCCUGUCUUGAUCACCUACGCAACGUGUCGCGGCUCGACGCGAGAGGUCGCCGAGCGUAUCGCCUCACGCCUCCACGCUGACGGCUUUGCCGUCGACUGUAGGUCCGUCGACCAUGUGUACAGCGUCGAGAACUACAGCGCCGUGAUCCUGGGCAGUGCCGUGCACGGCCAAAAGUGGCUGCUGGACGCACAGAAGUUCCUCGACAUCGAAGCCAUGGGCCUCCAGAUGAAGCCCACCUGGACCUUCAGCGUCGGCAUGGCCCCCGCCGUGACCGGCUCGAAAUGGAUCCGAGACCGAGCCGUGCGCCAUGAGUCUCGCCACAUCGAGGAGAUCAUCAUGAGGAAGCUGCCCACGGUCCGGGAUCACCAUUUGUUCGCGGGCAAGGACGACGGCUUAGACACACCCGCGCCCAUCCGCUGUCUCUGGAGUUGCGUCGGUGGACGCUGGGGCGAUUAUCGCAACUGGGACGAGAUUGACGACUGGGCGGAUGUCAUCGCGAAGGAGUUGAAAUCGGAGGGUGUAUAA